CCGGAAGCGGCGGGAGGAGGCGAAGGGGGCAGGAGGAGGAGGCGGCGGAGCGGCUCCGCUGACUCUGAUGCUCAGCAAGUGACCUGUCUCCAGCUGCCAAGAUGGUAAUAAACGUCUGUCUCCCACAGUUCAAGCCAAGAAUUCACUGCAACAAGAUCUCAGCCGAUGGCUACGAGGUGGAGAACCUGAUCUCCGAGGACCUGGCCAGGAGGAACCGCGGCUUCCGCAGCGAGUACUUCAUCAAACCCCCGGUGCACGUCACCAUCUCCUUCCCCUUCAACGUGGAGAUCUGCAGGAUCAACAUCGACGUCUCCUCCGGGGGCUACCAGACCUUCUCCGGGCUGGAAGUUUACACCUCUACCUCAUGCAACAAAACCUCUUGGCAGAGCCCUGAGGGGCAGGGAUCAGGUCUGCCCGGGCAGCCCGUGUCGGACAAGGACACCUUCACUCUGGUGGGCAAAGCUGUCUUAAAAAAUCAGAGCAAAGUGACUUUUGGCCACAGAGGCUUCAAGCCGAGGCCUCCCUUCCAUCAGAUGGAAAAUGUCUUCUCCUACCCCGGCUCGGUGUCCCAGGAUCUCUGGAACAAGGGGCCGGCCUCGCUCAGCAACGUGUCCCACCUAAAAAUCUGCAUCACCCACGUGGCCGGGGGGGGCCUGCCCAGCAUCAAGAGGCUGGAGGUGUGGGGACAGCCUGCCAAGUCCUGCCCACAGGAGGUGAUCGAGGGCGUCUUCCAGGUGGCCUCCCAGUUCCUGGCCCAGGACAGCGGCAGCCUGAAGCCGGAGCUCUGGACGCCGAUGGAGAGCGACUGCGUCCCCUUCAGUGCCAACGAGCAGCAGACCCUGCACAAGCUGGUGGACGUGGUCCAAGACAUCCCUGAGGAAUUCCUGGACCCCAUCACUCUGGAGAUCAUGACCUUACCCAUGCUGCUGCCCUCUGGGAAGGUGAUUGACCAGAGCACCCUGGAGAAGUGCAACCGGAGCGAGGCGUCCUGGGGCCGAGUUCCCAGCGAUCCCUUCACGGGCGUGGCCUUCAGCCAGCACUCACAGCCCCUACCUCACCCCACCCUCAAGGCCAGGAUAGACCACUUCCUGCUGCAGCACAGCAUCCCUGGCACCAACCUGCUGGGGAGGGCUCACGCCCCGGAGAGCCUGGUGCCCUCCUCCAUCACCAUGUCUUCUCUGAAAAGGAAAAUGGACUGCAUGGAUCAGGGCUCCCUGCAGCCGCCCUAUUUUUCUGCUACAAACUUACUUGUCACUGCUACCUCAGAGAACAGUGCUAAAAAAAUGAAAACUGACAGUGAGUCCCACUUGAUCCAGAUGGACUGUUCCACAGAGCUGGUGUCCCACGAGCAGAAGCUGUCGGAGAGCCUGGACACUGCCCUGACCUCAGCUCUCAGCUCCAUGCCCUCCUUCACGGCCAAGCUGAUGAAGAGCCAGCAGCAGGCUCCAGGAGAGGGGGGCUGCAGCACUUCCUGGAGCCUGGGCACAGUCCUUGAGCACGGCAGGAGCAGCCAGAGCCAGGCGUGUGCUUCCUGUGGCAAAUCCUUCUCCUGCUACUUCAAGGCAGAGCCGGUGUACCAGCUCCCCUGCGGGCACCUGGAGUGCCGGCCCUGCCUGGCCGAGCGCCAGAAGGCUCCGGCUUCCCCCAUCCACUGCGGGAGCUGCAAGAGGGCUGCGGCCUCGCAGGACGUCAGGAGGGUUCACUUCUGAGCCCCGGGGCUGCCGGCGGGACGAGGAGGAGCUGCUGCUGUGCCCCGUGUCCACACGGAGCCGCCCGGGAGCCGCAGAGCGGAGAGGACUCACUCGGUGUUGUGCUUACGGAGUAGUGGGGGGUGGGGGGUUAGAGCCCGAGGAUGACAAAAGCCAUAGCUUCUUUAUCCAAGGAACAUGUAUUUAUCCAGGACUGGUGUCCGAGCGCUGCCCCGGGGCUCAGAGGUUUAGCACAGGUGCCUUUUGGACCAGCUCAGCUUCCCCCCUGUGAGUUCAGCCACGUGUGACCAGCAGCCACCCGGCUGUGGAGCAGGUAAAGCCCUUGUGAGUGACAAACAAAGCCCCCCCCCGGCUUCCUCCCCUUCCCCACCUCGCUGUGCCUCCCUGCUGGGGGUGUCUCACCCUGGAAUCGGCAGGAGAGGCUGAGGUGUGAGGAGCUGGCAGUGAUCUCACCCUGCUCAUCCAGACUCUUGUAGAAAAGCCAUCCCAUCCCACCCUCGGUUUAUGUCGUGUGAGCAGCCCAGCUCCUGGCUGCCUGAUAGACAUUUAAGCCUUAAUAAAAUGUUUAAAGUCA